UAUUUUCACACAAGCACUUUUGGAUUCCAUUCCAUAAAAAGUGUAUAAAUAUGACAAACAAAACACUUUCAAAAACCUUUCCCCCUCCACCCUCUGACUCUCCCCUGUCUCCCAGAACCAAAAAAUAGCCAUUUCGACCGACUGAACUUCUCCGAAUGGCCUGACCAUAUUGCUUCAAAAUCUUGUUUCUUUGUGUCUUGGGUGUUCCUGUUGGAGGGUUUCAUCUGAGAGAGAGAGAGAGAGAGAGAGAGAGAGAGUUCAGUUGGAGGUGGGGCAGUCAAGGCUUCCGUUGGAUUUUGAGAUUAUCUGGUGUAAUGCUGAGUGAAUUUCUGUUUAUAUAUAGUGAGAAGCAGCAGCACUAGAGGGAAAGAUGUUGGAACACAAAAGGAGCCCUGUCUCUCUUGAUCAAGGCAGUCUCGAUUCUUUUGCUCCAAAGCGACACAAGGCCGAUAUGUCCAUGACCUCCAAGGAGAGGAAAGACAAGCUUGGUGAAAAAAUUGCGGCUUUGCAACAGCUUGUUUCGCCAUACGGGAAGACAGAUACAGCUUCUGUCCUUUUGGAGACGAUGGAAUAUAUCACAUUUCUGCAUGAACAAGUUAAGGUUUUGUGUUCUCCAUACCUCCAGAGUACACCAGCGGCUAAUUUGCAGGAACUAGAACGUUACAGCCUGAGAAGCAAAGGCUUGUGUCUCGUGCCGAAUUCAAGUACUAGUGGGGUUGCUAGCAGCAAUGGAGCAGACAUCUGGGCCCCCAACAAGACCAGUACCCCCAAAUUUUAGAGGGCCUUCGUAGUGCGAAUUGUCCAUACCAUAUAUCCAUGCUUUUGGUCAUUUUCCUAAUCCAAUACAAUUUGACCAAAUCUUAAAAAUCAUUCUGCAAGGACAGCAUAUGCCUUAAUGUCAGUUGCAACAAAAUAGGCCAAAGCUUGAAGUACCAAAAGGGCUUAGGAAUUGGUAGAUAUGGUGGUUUGGAUUGAUCUCCACUGCUCUGAAAGUGCAAUCUACUCUUUCCAUGCAGCCACAGCGGCUAUUUUUAACGGUCGUGGAGAUUCGUGUAGAUGCGACAACUUCUGCAGGGCUUGAUCCAAUUUCAGGUAGAAGAAAUGUAACCAAAAUUAUGAUUGUUGAUGAGCUCUCCUUCUAGUCUAGUUACAGUUUAAAACCAACAUGGUUCUGAGUUGACGAUAUCAUGAAAAAUAUAGAUGAUGGGAUAUGAAGUUGUGUAAUCAUAUUUGCAGGAAAUAUAUACGUGAAAGUAAAUAUGUCAUAAUUCUCAUUAAA